GUGGACGGACAGACUGGCCGAGGGCUCAGCGGGUGGCGCGCGGGCAUGGUGGGUGCGGGGCUGCGGGCGGCCGCUCGGCGCUGGCUGCCGAGCCCAGGCCACGGCGGGCCGCGAGCCGCCUCGUCCUCGCCCUCCUGCUCUGGCUGCGGCCCCCCGGGUCCCGGCGCCCACUGCCCGGGCGCUCCGCGCUCUGCGCCCUCCCCGGCACCCGCCGGUGGCGCCGAGCUCAGCUCGCACCUGUGGGCUCGUUACCAAGACAUGCGGAGGCUGGUGCACGACCUCCUGCCCCCCGAGGUGUGCAGUCUCCUGAACCCAGCAGCCAUCUAUGCCAACAAUGAGAUCAGCCUGCAUGAUGUUGAGGUCUAUGGCUUCGACUAUGACUACACACUGGCCCAGUAUGCAGACUCACUGCACCCAGAGAUCUUCAGUGCUGCCCGAGACAUUCUGAUUGAGCACUACAAGUACCCAGAGGGUAUUCGGAAGUAUGACUACAACCCCAGCUUUGCCAUCCGUGGCCUCCACUAUGACAUUCAGAAGAGCCUUCUGAUGAAGAUUGAUGCCUUCCAUUACGUGCAGCUGGGAACAGCCUACAGGGGCCUGCAGCCUGUGCCAGAUGAGGAGGUGAUUGACCUGUACGGGGGAACCCAGCACAUCCCACUGUACCAAAUGAGUGGCUUCUAUGGCAAGGGCCCCUCCAUCAAGCAGUUCAUGGACAUCUUCUCACUGCCAGAGAUGGCACUGCUGUCCUGCGUGGUGGAUCACUUCUUGGGCCAUGGCCUGGAGUUUGACCAAGCACAUCUCUACAAGGAUGUAACGGAUGCCAUUCGAGACGUGCACGUGAAGGGCCUUAUGUACCAGUGGAUCGAACGGGACAUGGAGAAGUACAUCCUGAGAGGGGAGACCUACGCUGUCCUGAGCCGCCUGGUGGACCAUGGGAAACAGCUGUUCCUCAUCACCAACAGUCCUUUCAGUUUCGUGGACAAGGGGAUGCGGCACAUGGUGGGUCCUGACUGGCGCCAGCUCUUUGAUGUGGUCAUCGUCCAGGCAGACAAGCCCAGCUUCUUCACUGACCCCCGCAAACCUUUCAGAAAACUUGACGAGAAGGGCUCACUUCAUUGGGACCGGAUCACCCGCCUGGAAAAGGAGAUCUAUCGGCAGGGAAACCUAUUUGACUUCCUGCGUCUGACAGAAUGGCGUGGCCCCCGUGUGCUCUACUUCGGAGACCACCUCUACAGUGACCUGGCAGACCUCAUGCUGCGGCACGGCUGGCGCACAGGUGCCAUCAUCCCCGAGCUGGAGCGUGAGAUUCGCAUCAUCAACACAGAGCAGUACAUGCACUCACUGACAUGGCAGCAGGCGCUCACGGGGCUGCUGGAGCGCAUGCAGACCUACCAGGAUGCCGAGUCUCGGCAGGUGCUGGCUGCCUGGAUGAAGGAGCGGCAGGAGUUGAGGUGUAUCACCAAGGCCCUGUUCAACGCACAGUUCGGGAGCAUCUUCCGCACCUUCCACAACCCCACCUACUUCUCAAGGCGCCUUGUGCGCUUCUCCGACCUGUACAUGGCCUCCCUCAGCUGCCUGCUCAACUACCGUGUGGACUUCACCUUCUACCCGCGCCGCACACCCCUGCAGCAUGAGGCACCACUCUGGAUGGACCAGCUCUGCACCGGCUGCAUGAAGACCCCCUUCCUCAGUGACAUGGCCCACAUCCGCUGAGGGCAUCUUUAUUGUCCAGAACAGGCCCCGGUCCCUCCUGCCCUGCCCACUCUGGGCGUUUGUCCAAAUGAGCAAUAAAGUGGUCCUCCCCUGCUUCUGUC